CCUUGACGCAUAUUUGUCUUUAAGUUUCCGGAAUUAGGAAGUGGUAUCUAAACGUGUGAAAGCAAGUUAUUUGAUCAUUGAUUAGCCUUUAAGCUGCUUUUUGUGUGAAAAAGGAAUGCAGCGUUUGGUAUUUGGAAGCUAAGUUGGCGUUUUUGUGAUACUUGAGUUUGGGUCUUCUUUAAAGUUUAAAGGAAUGCAUUUUUAGGUCAUAAUACCGAACUUGCGUUUUUCCCGCCAAGAAAGAUAAAAUGUUCGGUAUACGACAUUUAAUGUUUUUGCUGAUUUGGAUAAGGUUGAUUUCUUUGAUGCUAUUUGUCUCAGAGUUUAUAGAGCUAAAUAGAGGAAUCGAAAUGUAUCCAUAGAGUAAGUUAUUUUGAUCAUUCAUUAGCCUUUAAGCUGCUUUUGGUGUGAUAAAAGUAUGCAUUGUUAGGUAUUUGGAAGCAAAAUUGGUGUUUUUGUGAGACUUGAGUUUGGCUCUUCUAAGUAAGUUUAAAUGAAACUUGUAAUGCAAUUUAGGUCAUAAUACCGAACUUGAGUUUUUCCCGCCAAGAAAGAACGAGAGAAAAUGUUGAGCAUACAACAUUUAAUUUGUUUGCCAAUUUCACUUAUUUCUUUAUUUAUAAUGCAGUAAUGCACUUAUUAGCACCUUCUUGUAUUAGAUAUGGUAGGUUUCUACUCUUGUGUAGAUAAUUACAGAGGAUGAAUACUUGGUCAAACUACCUCUUGUAAGAUAUUACUUUGAUAUUGUGUUAGAUGAACUCUUCUGACGGUUUUAACUGUGUGUACUACUUUGAAACCUAUAUCAAGAACGAUGUAGUCUCUUGUGCGCACCACUGUGGUCUGUAGGAGAGAAUUUCUGAUCAAGAACAUGCUUUGUUUGUCGUGCUCUGGAGAUCUUAUGUAAAAUAAGCUUGUCUGCUUUAGUUUACCAUUCUCCUGUAAAGAAGACCGUGUUAAGAGAUCUGCAAAAUGUGCCCAAGGAUAUAGGACACACUAGUUAUGUCCCUAGAGUUUCGAGCACCAAGAGACCUUUACCUGAGCGGAAGAUGAGCCCUCCUCAACACCAAUCCCACGGUAGCAGUGCUGCAAAUGCACAGCUUGUCUAUGUUCGUAGAAAAUCAGAAGCAGACGCAGUCAGAAAUAACACAUGUGAUAAAGCAACCAUUAAUGCCGAGUGUCAGGUGUCAAGGAAACUUAGUCACCACGAGGCAAGCACCCGACCCAUAUCCCAAGCAAAGGAAACAAAAGUUUUUUGUGUGCCAGCUUUUGCAUCUUUUCCAGUGGCAGCUUCAACCAUUCUGCCUGGAAAACCUUCAGUUCCGGUCCCGCUUUGUAAGUCUGGUACUGGACUACCACCAGCAGGAGCCAAUGGCCAUCCCCAUACUUCUGCUACAUUGCCAAAGGGUCUAAAAAAUCUGCACUGGGAAGAGCGAUUCCAUCAAUUGCAGUUGCUGUUGAGGAAAUUGGACCAAUCAGAGCAUGAGGAUUAUCUCCAGAUGCUACGGUCGCUGUCCUCUGUUGAACUGAGCAGACUUGCAGUUGAGUUGGAAAAGAGAUCAAUUCAGCUUUCACUGGAGGAAGCAAAAGAGUUGCAACGUGUUGGGCGUUUCAAUGUUCUCGGGAAAUCUGUGAAGCACUUUAAUGUGCCCUCAACUCAGGAAGACCAAUCCAAGAAGUGAAAUGAAACCAAGAAGGAGCAAAUUGUGCUAAUCAGUAAAUUGCAGCUGGAUAAAAGUGUGCAUACUAGUUUAUUUUCCACCGGUUCCUACCUUUUCUGCAGUUGGGUCUCCUCCUGGUAUUCACUGCAAGUUGUCUGUAAAAUUUGGGUUGCCAUAUCAAUAUGUGCAGUAUUUUUGCGUCAGCAGUAGCCAAAGCUGCUGAAAGUGUUGAA